AUGUCGUCACUCACCCCGCUCGUCUCGCUCCUGGCUCUGGCAUACCAGGCCAGGGGUCCGCCGCCCGAGCGGCUGGCGACGCUGAUGCACGCCAUGUCGCCCGCGCCCACGGCCGAGCACAGCCGUCAAGAAUACGUGAGCUCCUUUGUCCGGCUCUUGAGCCCCGUGCUCAACGGCCUGGCGGGGCUCAAGGACUUUACCGAGGCCGUCGGGGCCUAUUCGGAGCCAGAAGACUUCCGCGGCUUCUGGACGCUCGAAGGGCGCAACCUCAUCAAGGAAGUCGUCGGGGGCAGCGCUCACAUGGGAGCCGCCAUGGCCACAAAUGUAUCGUUCCUCGACGUUUUCGUCAAGGACACAAGCCGCAGAAUCGCCCUGGGGCGGAAAACGAGGGCCCUGGCCUUGGUUCCGGCCGAUGCCGAGCCGGGAGACGAGCUCUGGCUAGAGGCCGAUGAGGAGUCGCCGGCAGUGCGGCGAGCUGCGGACACGGACGUUGGGAGGUUGACGGGGAAGACGAUCAGUUACCGACACUGCGAGGCGAUUCUUCUGUAG